AUGGCUGCGCUGGCAUUCUGGUUUAAUUUGCGCGGGUGUGUAGACUUCACUAAGCACUUUGUGAUAAGGCAAGUGCUUAAAGGUUUACGGAAAGACAACACGAACCGGGAUGCCGGUUUCCAUCGCGCUCCUGGAAAGUUGAUCAAGUCGCUUGGAUCGUGGGCUAUUCCUUCAUAUUCUGGGCCAAAAGGAGAGCUGCAGCUCAUUUUCUGGGAAUUAACUCAAGAGUCAGCAUCUUUUCUUGAUAAACGUUUCAGCAGCUGGAUUGUGGAAAGUCAAGCAGAUUAUGCUGGCCUAAGAUGCCAAUCACUUCCGAGCACAGAUUCACAAGAGGAGGCUGAACUCACCUAUGUCGUACCACAUCCACUGCUUCAGCUCAGCAUAUCUUCCUCUAGUACCGAAAGCACUUUGGAAUGUGCCCAGAACAUGCCCAUGGAUUGGCUAAAUUACAAGGAUCACUUCUCAGCUCCUACAGAAAUGGGAGUAAACAACUCUACACAAGAUGCUGUAAACAGUGGUGCUUUCUUCGUAGAGAUCUCUGCACAAUCAUGCAACUCCAUAAAGGAAAGGACAUGUACAAUUUUUCCAACUCAUGCUGAUGGCUCAAGCUUCAGCUACAUCUAUCACAGCCCAAGCAGGGAGAUGACAGACACGCUUUAUGAUUUCAGGUACCCAGCUGACAUGACCCAAUGGGCAAUAGAGUAUCUCAAAUAAGAGGUGCACCACUUCAGUUCUGGGA